AUGCUGAAACGUCGCAAGCUUCUAGCUGUAUUUGCAAGAAGCAAAUCUUGUCCAGCAAUUAACGGAAUUGCUCUAUCAUUCUCUUCUUCAGAGCAUUCAUUUGUCAAUCCUUACGAAACUGUUUCACCCAAAUGUACUGAAUUCAAUCCUUCGCCCAAGCGCAAGAACGAUACUAUACCUAGUUGGGCGUUCAAAACUACUGAACACUUGUUACAGGAAUACGGGUUUAAGGAUUAUGCACCAACGAAAAUCAGAUACACUGACCACUCACAGUUCAAGUAUGAUCUCGUUAUGAACGCAUUGGUAGAAUCGCUUAAGAUCGCAACCACCUCUCUAGAAUACGUCAACAGGUAG